CUCGCCCUGUGUACACACACACACACACACACACUACUUCUGGGACUACCCACCAUAGUCUGUGCGCGCGCACGCGUGUGUGAGUGUGUGUAUGUGUUACACACUUGCUUGGGAGCUGGUGAAUUAAUCCGGAACUGAAGUUUGGAGUUAUUUUACACCUUCAUCAUCAUCAUCCUCCGUGUCCUUGUCCUCGUUAUCAGUCGGAGUUCCAGUUGAAGAGUGUGUGCACGCUAGGCUGGCUCUUCCUGGGGUGUAAGGCACUGAGCGCCUGUCAGCAUGGACGCCCAACUACAAGGCCAGCAGCCACCAAUAGCAGUGUUUCAACCACAGAAGCCGCUACAGCCGGAGAUGGGCUACAACAGCUUAGCCAAUUACUACAUCGAGAAGAAGAUUGGACGAGGGCAGUUUAGCGAGGUCUAUCGGGCGAAAUACCUGAUCGACAACACUCCAAUAGCUUUGAAAAAAAUCCAGAUAUUCGAUCUGAUGGAUGCCAAAGCCCGGCAAGAUUGCAUCAAAGAGAUAGAUCUCCUGAAGCAACUCAAUCACCCCAACGUAAUUAAAUAUCACGCAUCAUUCAUCGAGGAGAACGAGCUAAAUAUAGUGCUGGAGCUGGCGGAUGCUGGGGACCUCUCGCGUAUGAUAAAGCAUUUCAAGAAACAGAGGAGGCUGAUCCCUGAAAAGACUGUAUGGAAGUACUUUGUUCAGCUGUGCAGUGCACUGGAGCACAUGCACUCCCGACGUGUAAUGCACAGAGAUAUUAAACCGGCCAACGUCUUCAUCACUGCUACCGGAGUGGUGAAACUAGGCGACCUGGGUUUGGGCCGCUUCUUCAGCUCCAAAACCACCGCUGCACACUCUCUAGUGGGCACCCCUUAUUACAUGUCUCCCGAGAGGAUACACGAAAACGGAUAUAACUUCAAAUCUGACAUCUGGUCGCUAGGCUGUCUGCUCUAUGAGAUGGCUGCUCUUCAGAGUCCGUUCUACGGGGACAAGAUGAACCUCUACUCGCUGUGUAAAAAGAUCGAGCAGUGCGACUACCCCCCUCUCCCAUCUGAUCACUACUCGGAAGAGCUGAGAAAGCUGGUAGAUAUGUGCAUCAAUCCAGAUCCGGAGAAGCGGCCUGACAUCACCUACGUGUACGAAAUCGCCAAGCACAUGCAUGCGCUGACUCUGGCCAACUGAAUCCAUCCGCUGUCUGCUCCCCCUGUCUAUGGCCCACGUCUGGAUGAUGUUUGCCGGCCUUUUUUUAAAUAUUAUUAUUAUUUUAUUAAAUUUCCUAUGGCUCCUUGGUUCAUGUUACAAUCAUAUCAUACAAUUGCUUCUUUACUAUGAGAAACUUGUGCACGGUAAUAACGUGAGAAAAAAAUCGUCACAUUUACUAUUAUUAUUAUUAUUAUUGAGUAUUCAUUCAUUCUACUUCGGUGUGGUGUGUAGUGCUGAAGUGCCAAGUCACAGUAAGUGUAUUUACUCCACACACACACACACACACACACACAGACACACACUUGUGCAUGCACAACUUCCAACCAAAGAUUACACAACGGUCGGAAAAUUAAAAAUGCAUAGAAUGUCUUAUUUUUCUUCCAGACAGAAUUUGCCUCGCACACAAAGGAGUACCCAAGCCUUAAAGCGUCAUGCUGUUCUCUGUUGUUUUUUGUUUUUUUUAAUAAUAUAAUACACAAAUGCUGCAGCACCCCUUUCUUUAUGGUUGAAUGUAAAUGGGGUUUUUUUUCUGUAUGAAAUGAAUCAAAAUGUCCUGUGACGCUCAUUCAGAAACCCUAUUUAAACAAAAAACAACUCUGCCUUGGUCCUGAUAAACUAAUCUCACCCCCCCAUUGAAUUGUUUAACUUGUUCUUGUUUUUGUAGUUCUAUUAAAAGAGAAUGAAGUCAUCAUGUACGUAUUGCAGGUUGCAUGCACUUUUUAACUAAUCCAGUGCCUUUAGUGUGCACAUCUGCACCUCUUUUUUUUUUUUU